CCAACGGCCCGUCCGAUCUGCGGCCGUUCUAUCGCCCGCCGUACUCCCCAGUAUCAGGCGUUUGCCGGUCACACACAGCCCUUUGGAUUCAAGGCUGUCUCGGAGGUGAUCAGCUCGGAGAAGGUGAAUGAGCGUCUCGAACGUGCCACUGUCAGGGAAAGUGUCAUCCUCUUUUGCAAAAUGUACAGAACCAAAGUGGGUUUGAAGGACCGCCAGCAGCUCUACAAGCUGAUCAUUAGCCAGCUGCUGUACGACGGCUAUAUUAGCAUCGCCAAUGGCCUCAUCAACGAGAUCAAGCCCCAGUCGGUGUGCGCGCCCUCAGAGCAGCUCCUGCAUCUCAUCAAGCUAGGGAUGGAGAACGAUGACACCGCAGUGCAGUAUGCCAUUGGUCGCUCUGACACGGUUGCCCCUGGCACGGGGAUUGACCUGGAGUUUGAUGCAGAUGUCCAAACAAUGUCACCCGAGGCUUCCGAGUAUGAAACCUGUUAUGUCACUUCCCACAAAGGCCCAUGCCGCGUGGCCACCUAUAGCAGAGACGGGCAGUUAAUAGCCACAGGAUCUGCUGAUGCUUCCAUAAAGAUACUGGACACAGAGAGAAUGUUGGCCAAAAGUGCCAUGCCAAUCGAGGUCAUGAUGAAUGAGACUGCGCAGCAGAAUAUGGAGAACCACCCGGUGAUUCGAACUCUUUACGACCAUGUGGAUGAAGUCACAUGUCUUGCUUUUCACCCAACAGAACAGAUCCUAGCCUCAGGCUCAAGGGAUUAUACUCUAAAAUUGUUUGAUUAUUCCAAACCGUCUGCAAAAAGAGCCUUCAAGUAUAUCCAGGAAGCUGAGAUGUUGCGCUCCAUCUCUUUCCAUCCUUCUGGAGACUUCAUCCUCGUUGGAACUCAGCAUCCCACGCUUCGCCUCUAUGACAUCAACACCUUCCAGUGUUUUGUCUCUUGCAAUCCCCAAGACCAGCAUACCGACGCUAUCUGUUCCGUUAACUAUAACCCCAGUGCCAACAUGUACGUCACUGGCAGCAAGGACGGCUGCAUCAAGCUGUGGGACGGCGUCUCCAAUCGCUGCAUCACAACCUUCGAGAAAGCUCACGAUGGGGCCGAAGUCUGCUCUGCCAUUUUCUCCAAGAAUUCCAAGUACAUCCUCUCAAGUGGAAAAGACUCUGUAGCUAAACUCUGGGAAAUCUCCACAGGGCGGACACUGGUGAGGUACACAGGCGCAGGUCUGAGUGGACGGCAAGUGCACCGGACACAGGCUGUGUUCAACCACACCGAGGACUAUAUUUUGCUGCCGGAUGAAAGGACCAUCAGCCUGUGCUGCUGGGACUCUAGGACAGCUGAGCGCAGGAACCUGCUGUCCCUGGGCCACAACAACAUUGUGCGCUGCAUAGUUCACUCCCCCACCAACCCUGGCUUCAUGACGUGCAGCGAUGACUUCCGAGCUCGGUUCUGGUACCGGAGGUCCACCACUGACUGAGCUGGCCCCACUCCUCGGGUUCUUGUCUCAGGACUCUGCCCUCCUCCCUGUGUUCUGCCCCCGGCUGCAGAAGUGAGCAACUUGCACCAUCUGUGGCGGGUGUGUAGCCGCCUGGCUCCUGCCUUGGAUUUGUGUGUGGAAGUUCUUUUUUUACCUUGAUGUAGAAUCAUGGUGAGAAAAGUUGGAAGCAGACCUGUGCAGUUGUCCUGAUGCAGUGAUUUCAGUGUGGUCUCCAGCAGCCUGGGGAGUGCAGGACUUGGCACGGCCUUCAACUCUCGUUCUGGGAGGAGGGACAGAAUAAGGAAGUACUUCCUGGGCCUCAGGGUCACACUUGUCACCUCCUUCGCUGUCCCGCCCGCCCUCUCUGUAUUUUCUUUCCAGAUGCAUUUUGGCACAUGAGGAGGGCAACAUCUCUGAGGACCUGGGUUCCUUUUGGAACCACCUUGCAGGGAUCCCAGUCCCAUCCUGAGGUGACAUCGUCCUGGCAAUAAAGCUCAGAUCCAACCUCA